UUAUAACGUGAUGACGUGUAUGUUGUGUGUGUUUUCUUUCGGAGCCGGUAACUGCGGGUCGUUCUGCUCCCUGGGCGUUUCGGUGGCGCUGUCAUUCUAAUGUUGGGUUCCUAGAGUUGUUAGAAGUUAGCCGCCGUUCGUGCUGUCGAGCGGCGCGCGCCCCCGUGAGUUAGCUUCACUUAAGUGGAGACGGACAGAUGGAAGCCGUUCCAGUCAGACUAGAGAAAGGUCGGCAGAGGUGUUUUUCUUUCUUCGCUGUUGCCAUUCUUCCGUUUUGAUUUUGGUUCCUCCUCUUACAAUAGAUUCACGGUUUCUCGCUGUCACCUGAUCCUGAGAGGAUAUGGGUACAAAGAUUGAAGUCAUCAAUGAUCAUCCCGCCUCCCGCUGGAGCCCCUUGCUGCAGAGCGGCAAUGCUUCAGUAGCACAUUAAAGGGGGAAAGGAGCCUCUUGUCAUUAUUUUCCUCCUCCUUUCCUAAAUCAAUGAAAGUUCGCGGUGAUCUUGUGUGAACUCCUCUGACUGAGCCGUCAUGCCGGACAGCGUGCGGCGCUCUCUGCCUGUCAUCAGGAAGCUGAGCUACGCGGUGGGUCACUUUCUGAAUGACCUGUGCGCGUCCAUGUGGUUCACCUACCUGCUGGUGUUCUACCACUCCGUGCUGGGCUUCUACAACACCAACGCAGGUGUGUUGUUGCUGGUCGGUCAGGUCGCAGAUGGCAUCUGUACGCCUUUAAUCGGCUACGAGUCGGACCAAACUCCAGGCUGUGGAAACUAUGGGAAAAGGAAGACGUGGCAUUUAGUUGGCACGCUGAGCGUGGGAAUCUCCUUUGCCUUCAUCUUCAACCAGUGUCUGGGCUGCACCGCUGACACGCCUCAGUGGGCCAGCCUGCUCUACUUCUCUCCAUUCAUCAUCAUAUUCCAGUUCGGCUGGGCCGCCACGCAAAUCUCUCACUUGUCGCUCAUCCCUGAGCUGGUCUCCUGUGAGCACGAUAAAGUGGAGCUCACGGCGUACAGGUAUGCCUUUACAGUGAUUGCCAACAUCACAGUGUUCGCCAUGGCUUACCUGCUGUUCCACGUCCAGGGGGGAGGGGGCGACCCUCUCAGUGACUCUCUGGGACCGGCAGACGCCCCGGUCUUCAGGAAUCUGGCUUUGAUCGUGCUCGGCAUCGGCGCCCUCUUCUCCGUCUUUUUCCACCUGGGAACCACAGAGAGCAGGAAACCUGGACUGAAGGAGGAGGAGGAGGAGGCAGAGGGUGAGCGAAGGCCCCUGCUGCCAUCCUCCAACACUUCUCCUGUUCUCCAGUGGAAAUGUUGGCUUCAGCAGCCUUCCUUCUACCAGGUGGCUCUACUCUACAUGUCCACCAGGUUGAUAGUCAAUCUGUCGCAGACGUACAUCUCCAUGUAUCUUCUCAACACUCUUCAGCUUCCUAAGAAUUUCAUUGCAACGAUCCCGCUGGUCAUGUACCUCAGUGGCUUCCUGUCCUCGUUCAUCAUGAAGACCCUCAGUAAACGCAUCGGGAAGUCUCUCACCUACUUUGUAGGGCUGCUGCUGAUCAUGGGGUUCUCCUACUGGGUGCUGCUGGACGCCAGGAUGGGCCAGCGGAUCUACGGCGCGGCCGUGCUGCUUGGGACGGGCUCCGCGACCAUCCUGGUCAUAUCGCUCGCCAUGACCGCUGAGCUGAUCGCAGACCAGACGCAAAGUGGAGCGUUUGUGUACGGCGCCAUGAGUUUCACCGAUAAGUUGGCUAAUGGGUUCGCUGUGAUGGUGAUCCAGGCUCUACAUCCCUGCCAUACUGUGGUGUGCUGCCCGGCCUGCGUAUGGUUCUAUCAUUACAUCAUGGUGGUGGUGACGGGAGGCGUGGCCGUGGUCGCAGCGCUCGCCCUCUGCUCCAUCCUCAUUUGGCCAAUCAAGAUCCGCCCACGUGGCCUGCAAGUAACGUCAGAAGAUGCAGCUUCAGUAAACUGACUACCAACUCCCUGAGAUGAACUUUUUCCAGGAAAAACAAGGGAUUCAUCCGAAUGACCCUCAAAGCAAUGCAUUGUGGGAAACAAAGGGCAGGAACAUAUUUUGUUUAACCUUUAUUUAAUCAGGAAUGGUGUCACCAGCAAAGACUUUUUCUCUUUCGAUCUAAAAACAAAAAUAGAUUUAUUGAUUUAUAAAUUUAUUGAAGUCGUUUAUCUUUUUGUUUUGUUUUUUUGGGAGAAGUUCUUUAAAACUGAACACACACACUAAAGCUCCCCACAGCCAUUUCCCCUACAUUUUUCCAAACACUAGCAUCAUAGCGAGAGCGUCGAACCAGGAUGCAAUGGAGGGGGGGGGUAGACGAAGCACACAUGCGCCCUUCAUCACAUCACAAAGGUGUCAUCACUAAAAGGAUCAGAAACUACUGGGGUUCUUGUUUUUCUGACAGGGAAUAACUACAACUGGUAGAGGUGCACUUUCACUGAAGGCAGUCGUACUUCUGUAUGUAUAUUUGGGUGUAAUUACUAUUUUUGUGCUUUUUCGUUCCUGGCUGCUUUUAGUGAACUGCUCCAGUAAAUGUGCAGAGCCCAUUCCUGCACCACGGGAAAACGCGAUGACCGGGCUGACGUUAAAAGCACUUUACUCUCUGAGCUUUAGUCUUUAUGUUUAAUUGAAAUUGUUGGGUUUAAAGGGAAAUCUAAAUCGGCACCAACAGAAUCUAACCCCCCCCCCCCGCACAGAUCAAAAAGGGAAGCGCGUCAAUCACAGGAUCGAAUCUUCCUGCUUUUAGUUUUUUAUUCUUACAUUAGUAGACUUUAGUACGCACAAUUUCUGCCUUUUGUGUAACUGUUAGCUGCCAUCUUGUCAGGUCUUUGGGCUUCACUCAAAGCAAACUUUCUGCACAUGUAUAAUGAUUCUCAAGGCUGACGUGAGCGCAGCCGACUCAUGCCACAUGUGAGAAGGGACUAAGUGUGAGGAAGGGAGCAAACGUGGAACAAAUCUACAGCUUUGGAAACAGCAGCAGCAACGUUUUCCCAUGGAGAAUCCCCUGAAAAACCAGUUCACCUACUGCAACGCUAAUAUGAAAUAACAUAGGGAGGGUGAGGGAGGAAAGCGAAGGCCGCUCAGAAACGCACAAAGUGUAGAACCGUGAUUGGGUUGGUUCUGUGGAACAAUAACUGGCCAUUGUGUGAGAUUGUUUUUUUCUUGAAAUACUUUUGUGUUGUUCAAACUUUAUGGUUUUACCAAAGAAUAUGAAAAAACACAACAAAAGGGAUUCACACUGUGAAGCAUUUGAGUCAGUGGUGAUGCAAUGGAGUACUGGAACAUCCCUGCAAAACUCUUUGUUGUUUUUCUUUUUGGCCAUCUCUUCUGUAAUUAUUGUGUUUAAAUUGAUGCCUAUUAAAAGCAUUUCUAUCAGGUUAACAUUGAAA